GGUACUUAAGGCACGGCCACCGGGGCUGCGGCAUUGCGCCCAGCAGCGGACUCCGAGACCGGUAGACCUCGGCGAACCCUUGCUCUCGACCACCCACCCACUUUCGGAACCAUGGCAGCAGUGGCAGCAGCCUCGGCCGAACUGCUCAUCAUCGGCUGGUACAUCUUCCGUGUGCUGCUGCAGGUGUUCCUGGAAUGCUGCAUUUACUGGGUAGGAUUCGCUUUUCGAAAUCCUCCAGGGACACAGCCCAUUGCGAGAAGUGAGGUGUUCAGGUACUCCCUGCAGAAGCUGGCGCACACGGUGUCCCGGACCGGGCGGCAGGUGCUGGGGGAGCGCAGGCAGCGAGCCCCCAACUGAGGCCCCAGCUCCCAGCCCUGGGCGGCCGUGUCAUCAGGUGCUCCUGUGCUUCUCGACCAGCAUGGGAGCCAGUGCCGCGCAGGAAUGGGGGGUCCCCUGUGUUCCCUCGUCAGAGGAGCACUUGCCAAGGUCAGUGAGGGGCCGGUAGGCCCCCAGAAAAGCAGCACCGACAAUGAUGAAGAUAUCAGUUCCCUUCCCAGCCCCUUUGGCCCUGUCCCACUACCGGCGGGUGGGAGAGGAGGGGGGAAGAGGGGAGCAACCCUCGAGAUAUGGGCGUAGGCACCAUUCUGAUUUGGACCAAGUCGGAACAGUACCAUCUCAGCCGCGCAAGAUCCUACCAUGGAGAUCCAACAGCCCAUCAACCAGCAGAAUGGACAUUCUGACAUCACCAGCUGAAGCCCUGAAUCUCGGUGCAGAAGAGAAAGUGUCAACUGCGUGCAGCAUGGGGGGGGGGAGUGGAGGGCGUGGGUGGUAAAGGAAGAGGGUUAAGAAAGCUAGUGGGGCCCUCUUGCUGUCCCUUGCCUAUGGCACGCAUACUCCUGCCUUGCUCCCUCAUUCCCCCUUUCCCCUGCCUUCCAAAGCCCUCCCCAAAAUGUGUCACUUGAUUCGGAUAUAUUCAACCAGUAAUUGAAUCCCACCUUUACCAAAACACCUUCUCUGACCCCCGACCCUUCACUGAUCUUGCUUAUCCCUGGUCUCACGCAGCAGUUGUGGUCAAUAUUGUGGUAGUCGCUAAUUGUACUGGUUUAAGUGUGCAUUAGUUGUGUCUCCCCAGCUAGAUUGUAAGCUCCUGGAGACAGGGACCACCUCCA